CCGCUCCGCUCCCGGGGGCCCUGAGGGGACGAUGGCGCCGCCGCCUCGCGCCUCUCCCGCCUCACAACUGCCCGCCGCGCGACGCCGUUGCCAGGAGAAGCGCGCGCGGCGCCCCGUUGCUAAGGAGACCACAAUGGCGGGCGCGGCGGGGGCCGGCGGGGGAACGCGGCCCUCAGGCCAGGGCACCCCGGCCGCUGGGCUCUCGGGGGGCCGUGGUUCUUCAGAAAUUACUUCCUUGAAAGAAGCCACUUUUUCUUAUUCUGGGAUGUUACCAGUAGAUUACAGACUUCUAAACUUACAGAUCUACAAACUUCUUCAGUGCGUUCACCAGAAAGAUAAGAAGAAAAUAGAAAAGCUGGUCCAGAAUGGAUUCCCAAACCUCCUGAAUUUCACAGAGCCUGAGGAAGGAUUUAGUGCCCUUCAUUUGGCCUGCAUGAAGAAUGACAGUGACAUGUGCAGCUUCUUGCUGGAACAGGGAGCUCACCCAGAUGUCCAGGACAAAAUGGGAUGUACUCCAGCAAUGAAGGCAGCUGAGCUAGGCCAUGAAUUGAUUUUGGAUUUAUUAGUAAAAGCUAAAGCAGACAUGACUGUUGUGGAUAAUGAAGGGAAAGGUGUUUUGUUUUACUGCAUGUUACCUACAAAGCGGCACUACCACUGCACGCAAAUUGCCUUGGAUCACGGUGCAGAUGUUAACAACUGUACUACUGAUGGGAAGCCUGUAUUUCUACAAGCCUGUGAGCAAGCUCAUGAUAUUGAAGAAAUAUGUCUGAAUUUCUUGGAAAGAGGAGCAAAUCCCCAUGGAAUGAACCCAGCUACGGGUCGCACAGUCUUAAUGGAAUCCGCAAGAGCAGGCGCUCUCGAGCUGGUGCGUGGUCUGCUUGAGAGGGGAGCUGAUGUCAACCAAUUCGACUUUGAAAGACACAGUGCUGCACAUUUUGCAGCCAAAGGAGGCCAUUUUGAGGUGUUGAGGAUUAUUUCAGCUUAUAAUGGAGACUUGGGCCUGAUUGCCAUGAAUGGUAACACACCGCUUCAUUAUGCUGCAGAGGGAGGAUUUGCAAUGUGCUGCAAGUUUAUAGGACAAAGAGGCUGUGAUCCUACAUGGAUGAACUUGUCACAAAAGACCCCAAGAGCCGUUGCCAAGGAGGGUGGUUUUAAAGCAGCAACAGCAGAGUUGCGUAAAGCAGAAAAGAACUUUAAAAAACAGUCCAAGCCUGAGGCUAAGGAGGAAAACCCGCUCUGGGCACUGAAGCUGUAUGACUGGUCCUUAGAGCACCAGGAUGCCCUCUCCAAGGUGUUUGAGGCUGUCAAGCAGGAAGAUGGGAUGGUAACUAAAGCUGAUUUUAUAUCGGUUAUUCAGAAGCACUGUGCCUUUGUGGACAUUGAACAAAUACAAAUGAUCGCUGAAAAACACGAAGGGUCUGAGCCUGAGGGAAUCAACGUAGAAGAAUUUUUUAAGGGCUUUAAAUACUUGCAGAAAAGUUGCCUUAUAACAGCCUUUGGACCUAAAAGGAAGAAGGGGAAGAAAGGGAAGAAAGGAAGAGGCAAAAAAGGAGUUGCCGUGCCGGUGCCCAUUUGUGUUAUGCCAAAGAGCGUGUGUCCGCAUAGGGAAGACGGCUUCCCUCUGUACAUGGUCGAGGUCAUUCAGGACACUCCCGAUAGUGACCGCUUUAACCGAGACCACCCAUCUGCCCAUCCCGUGCACGACGACCGUGUCUGGUACACAGAUGAGCCAAGGAAAGAGUACAUGAAUAUUAACUACCUGGUCAGAGCUGGAGACUUUGUGUCUCUACAGAAAGCAUUUGAUGAGGGUGUGCCAGUAGACAUAAAAGAUAAAUACUACAAAACACCUUUGAUGACUGCAUGUGCAACUGGGAACGUAGAUCUGGUGCAGUAUCUUCUGGAAAAGGGGGCAGAUAUAAACGCAACAGACAAUUUCAUGUGGACUCCCCUCCACCACGCAUGCUAUAAGGGACACCUGGAUAUCGCUGAACUGCUCGUGGAGGCUGGAGCAGCAGUGGAUGCGCUUUCAAUAGGCAACGCCACCCCGCUAAUGAGAGCCAUCGAGAUCAGCAGACUGGAUAUAGUCUAUUUUUUAAUUACUGCGGGUGCUGACAUCCAAAUAACCAACAGCAAUGGAAAGAAUGCUCUGGAUAUUGCUAAAGCAUUCGCAGAUUCUCGAAUAAUUGAACUGCUCCAAAAUGAACUGGAAAAUUUGCCAGAAGUACCAGAAAAAAAAGCAGCAGAGAAAAAAUCUACACCGAAGCCUGUAGAGACUGUGAAAAAAGAGCCUUCACAGGUAUCUCUGCCAGUUAUAGAAAAAUCAAUUAUUGAAAAGAAAGCGCGUUCCCCUAAGGAGAGUGUUAUUUAUCUGAACUCUUUGAUAACCAGUGGUGCUACCAAGAAAGAGGGCGUCACAUUCAAACCCAGAAAAAUUUGGUCCCCUGAAGCUGCAACAGAGGAGCUAGUAAGAAAGCAGGAAUUGCUCCAUGAAUACCUUGCUCUUGGUGGCCGCUCGGAAAGCUCCACAACCCCCUUUAAUAGAAAAGUUGUACAAUAAGCACACCAGCUGGAAGAAGCUACUUCAGCACGUAUUUUGAGGGGACAAAGAUCUAAAAUGCUACUCCUCUGUAAGGAAGGAAUCGUGCAGUGCUCAGUAAACAUAUGUCACUUAUGAUUAAAAACAACGGUAGGAAGUU